UUUCGUUUUAGGCAAAACAAUACAAUACCCCAUGCCAGCACGCGGAAGCGGACGCGGCCGCCAUGGCGGAGGCCGUGGCCGGCAACCUGUGUGGGUGUGGCUGCCUCGGGAUCGCGUAGCGGGGGAUGAUGAAACGUCGCAGAACCGUGCUACCGGCGAGUGUUCCGGUCGCGCCGAGCAUGAUCCCUACCGCAAUCAACCCUCCCGCGGUGGCGCUGGCCGCAGUGGUGGCCGUGGCUUUAACGCUCGCGGUCGCGGUCGCACCGGCCCUCCACACUCACGCCAUGGCGGUGAACAUGUCCGGCGUCAGGAACAUGCUGAUCUGCCUCCAUCUGCACAAAGGCUGGACAAGUUGCGGGGAAAAACAACACUGAAGGAAUCGCCUGUCACGGCCAUUUCGUCUCCCAUCUUGGUCCGGAAACCUGAGGACUGGUACUUCACAUUUUACAUCAGGACCGAUCUCCAAGGAUUUUACCAUACAUAUCCUGAUGUGAGCGGGCCAUUCAAGACCUUACAGGAAGCUGACAAUGCUAUCGAUCGCCACCUUCAUGACCUCGAGGAUCCAAAAAUGUCUAGUGACUCAUUAGACAAGCUUUCCCCAAAGGAGCGUGCUGUGCGUGAAUCUCUCUACUGGCCUGAUGGCACUAGGCGGAAUUGUUUGGAACCGCCAGACGAAAACCAUGAUGAAAUUCACCUACUGGUUGAAGCUUUAGUGGACCAGUAUAACGAGGAUCACAACCUUUUGGAGGACCGUGCACUUCAACUCAAGGCCGUCCAGCGGCAGCGAUUCUUCUUUUCUAAGGGUGAUCAGUACUAUCAUUUCAAUUUCACUGCAAGGACUGAAGGAGUUGUUGAUUCUUUCUUUGCUGAAGUCCAAUGUAUACAAGGAGAUCAUGAGGAAAUGGUGGUCACCUGUUUCUGUGUUGUUAAAACGAAAGAUAAUGGUCGCUGCUAUGGCUGCCAGAAUAAUGGAGCAGUUGAUAUGAAGCACCCAAAAAAAGCUAAUGCAUAUUGUCGUGGACAAGUUGAUGAAUAUAUGCCCAUUUUGGGUGGAUAUCAUAUAGACCAAAACUACUUGGCUGAAAGUGAUGACGACGAGGAGGAGUGGCUAAGAAGUGAAUACGAGUUCUUGGAUGACCCGAUUUUCAUGGCGGAGCACUUCCCUAACUCUGUCAAGCAUACGAAGACCUAAGAGGUUGGCAGAAGUGGAGCACCGAGAAUCUACCAACAUUAUACAUCACAACUCCAUUGUUCUUCCUUGUGACGGAAUACCUGUUUUUUUUUUUGCCACUAGUAAACCUAUUGCUUUCUCUGUUGAAUAAUAUAGGAUGUUAUUACAACCGAUAUAUGUUGUAAUUGGUUUAUAACAACUUAUAUUGCAGGACGGAUGGAGAAUUUAUUAAUGUUUCUAAGGUUUAUAAACUCAGUUAUUCCA